CCGUACUGCCCAGAUACCGUCAAAACCAUUCACUCCAUCCAUUAGGCCUACUUCAUUAAAUUUAGGGCAAAUUCCGCGGAAUGCGCAAACAAAUAUAACAGAUCCAUUACUUAAUGAACUUACUUGGCGAGUCAGGUUUGGAAACGUUGCGCUCUGUUAACAGACUGAAACAGAAAGAUGUCGAUAAAAACUAAUAGGACAGUAAUAAUCCUGCGCCAUUAACUUUAAUUAUUUGAAAAUACUGGUGAAAGUAAAAAGGCCUGCAAGAAAGAACAACGUUAUACAGCAAGUGAUGAACUUUUGAAUUCCUUCGUGAUACAGCAUCCAUUUCACUAGGAUUGUCUUCGCUAUGUGUGUCCAUUUAUGUGCAUGUUGACAUUCGAUAUGUAAAAGUUACUUGCCUUUUUUCAAUUUUAUUUACUAUUUAACACACUGCAACUGAGAAAACUUCCGAAAUUAAUCAGUAACCCAGUUCUCUUGCACUGCACGAAACUACAAACAAAAUACAAACUGUUGGCUCGUUUCCCACAAGGCUGUGGUCUCUGGGAAGAGCAUUUUUGUCCAAUAGGAAACCUGCAAGUGUGACUUCUGCAAAGGAGUAUGGAAAAAAGAAGUGACGUAAUUUGUUCCACGCUGGAAGUUGUGUGAAGUGUAUUCGAAAUGUUGACAACAUAUUGUUUUUGUGAAUGUAAUUACGUUGUAUUUUAGUGUUAUGAUUAUUUCCAGAAGAUCUAUUGCGUGAACUUAUGUUGCUCUGUUGUAUGUAGGGUUAUUCUAUGAAUAAUUACUCCUGUCACGCAUUUUCUGCUUAAGUAAAUUUUUGUAGGAACACCCCCUUGUCACAUGUAAACAUACUUUCUUUUUAUGGUAUUAAGUUAGAAGACAUUCAAUAACAACGGGUUAUGAACUUAAUAUAUCGUGUUUUACCUCUGUCGAAGUGAAUUUCACUGCAUCUAUAUUAAGUACGUUAGAAAAUUAGUCUCAUAAUGGCAUUACCAUCAGACAUAAGCCUGAUGGACUACUUAUUUGAAAGAGAAGAUCCUGUUUUGACAAUAAGUGAUAAGGCAUCGGCCUUCAAAAAUGAGCCAAAAUGCUAUGACAAUUUGUCAGGUACAAGUUGGCCUUCAGAACAAGAUGUAAAUGACGACCUUAUAGAGUCAAUAUUAAAAUUAGAGGAUCAUCCGUUCAAUAUCCUGGAGUGUGAUGAUCUAUUAACAGACCCAUCUGUUAUGGACAGUUCAGUGCCAGGUAGCAGUUCCUCAGACAGUGGAAUGUCAAGUGAUCAACGUCUGUCACCACCUUUACCAGAUGUUGAGGAACAAGUUGAAGUAGUGGGACGAGAAAACUUUGCAGCCUCUCAUAUUUUAGAUUUUGAUGAACAUACCACACCUCCACCAGUUGGUGAAGAGAUUGUGCUAGAUUCCUCAGACACAAACAUCAAUCUUGAUGCUGAAGUUGAAGAUCCUACAGCCUUCAUAAGUUUUGAUGUCCCUGUCAAAACACCCAAACUGAAACAAGCUAUUAACACAAAUGCGCAUAUAAGUAAUUUGAAGACCAGUAAUAUUCAACAAGUGUUGCGGUUAACAUCUGUAUCUGGCAACCCACGAUCUAUUCUUCUACCUGUCAAAUUGAAUAGCUUAUCAGACGUAAAAACAAUUAAGAUUAUUAAUGCUACAAGCACAAAUCUUCCAACAAAAAGUCCUCGCAAGACAGCAAGCAAUGGACUUCACGAAAGUGGUUCAGUUUUUGACGUACAGACAAUGUGUGUGGAAAAUUUUGUGCCAGCUGAUGAUAUGUCGAGUAACUGCUCAUCUAAGGGAAGCCAUUCUGAAGAAACUGGAGAUGAGUCAGACAGCAGUUACCCAAGACUGGAGCUGACAGCUGAGGAGAAACGCCUAUUGCAGAAAGAGGGAGUGAAUUUGCCAACACAUUAUCCAUUAACCAAGUACGAAGAGCGUGAACUGAAGAGAAUUAGGCGCAAAAUAAGGAAUAAAAUCUCAGCACAGGAUUCACGAAAAAGGAAGAAAGAGUAUAUUGAUGGAUUAGAAGACAGGGUGAAAGCGUGCACUGAGGAGAAUAUAGAGCUUGUGAAGAAAAUUAAGAUAUUACAGUCUCAGAAUCAAUCUCUGACAACUCAACUAAGGAGGCUUCAAGCGCUGGUGACUCGCAGCUCUGUAAAAACAGUGCAGCCUGCCACUUGCCUGAUGGUGCUUAUGAUGUCAAUGGCACUUAUAAUGGCACCCAGCCUGCGACUUGGACAACGGUCCAUGGUGGACGAUGGGUCUGAAGAUACUACAGGCUUGUCUUCUGACAUUGGAGCAUCACCUGCAUCAGGUCGAUCAAGAACUCUUCUCCAGACAUCAGGUUUACAGGAUGAACAACUCAACACUGAUGCAGCAGAUACUGUCUCCAAUAACAGAGAAACUGCCCAGAUGGAAGACCAUGACUAUGAACCUCCAGCUGCCAAGCGUGCCCGAUCUUUCCUUUUCCGUCAAAAUGAUUUACCACCUGAUUUAUUAGCAGAUAAAGUUGACAACAUGAUGACUUCUUUGGAUGACUCUUGGUCUUCGUCCUUUACCCGAAAUUCGAAGAUUGGAGAAAAGCUGGAAGAGAUUGUGGAAGAUGUGAAAGUAAAUGUAACAGAUGCUGGUGGCACAAGGACUGUUCUUCUACAAGUACCCCAAGAACAGUAAUAUUUAUAUCAGAAAAUAGUUACAUAUUUCUGUAAUUCAGAUAUAUGUGAUGUUCAAAUGUAGGUGCAGGACACCAAGAUAGUAUUGUGAGUUCAGAUCAUAUGUUAAUCAAUAACUUUAAAAAACCACUGCCCAUUGUCAGCAGUGUCUAUUAGUUUAGUAAUUGGAUUUUUCUCUAUGGACUUUCAAACUUUGGUGGUCAGGCAAGAAGCUUCAUACAUUGAGUGGGUUACUAUCAUAAUUGAUAAAGGAAAUGAAGUGGCAUUAUGUGACACAACAAACUUCCUUUGUCUGUAGCAGAUGCUGGUGCAUAAACUAGUCUGUUGUGCUUUUAUGAGGAUGUUAAAAAUUUCUGAGGUGAUUUGAGGAUUAGGAAGUUUAUUAUGAACUGAAGGUAUGUUGUGAAUUGCACAAAAUAACUUCAAAAUGAAGGAAGUGAUGAAAUAGUGAAGUUGUAAUUUUAUUAAUACAACUAUAAAUGGUUUCUUUUGUUUGCAGAAGCAUAAAUGUAAUGCUAUUCUAAGAUAGAAAAAGACUUGACUGUUGUGUAAUUUCCCACAGACUGGGUUUUAGCUAUAAAUAGUAUUUCAGUUAGCAAUACAUAUAUUUAAGUGAAUACAGUUCACAGAUAUGCUGAAUAGUGCAACUCAGAAUUGUGGCCUGUGUAGAAAAAACUCCCACGGGUUCCCUGGACAUUUCCAUUGCAGAAUCAUGAUAGGGUUUCUGUAUUAUUAAAACUGUAUUUAUAUUUUGUCAGUGUCUGCAAAUAUAUGUAUUAUAAUGUGUAUUUGUGCAUAUAUUUUAGAGAGAGAGAGAAAGAGUUCCUUUUUUUAUGACUAUAAUAUUUUUCUAUUGGAGUUUUUGUAUGUAUCUACAUCAUUUAUUGAAUCCAUGUACUAACAUUUGUGUGAAUUUAAUAAGUAUGUGCUAAUUCUAGUAAUGUGGGAAUUUUUAUUGCAUGUAGUUGCAUAUUUAAUAGAUGGAACACACUAUUUCCAUAAGUUCAGGUAAAAACAUACAGACUGUGACCAGUGACUAAGUCUUCAUUUCCAAGUGGAAGUUCUGCUGCCACCUUGACCACAUACUUAUUGUCAUAUUGGAUAAAUAAUCAGCUGCUUUUCAGAUAUGUAUUACCAUAUGAAAUAAAAUACCUGUACAUUAA